CCAGCCCCUGGGCGCGGCCUGCAGGGGGCAGGUGAUCGCCAGGGAAAGCGGGGGCAGGACCAGGCUGGAGCUGGUUCAGUAGCCGCCCGCAGCCACGGGAGCCCUCGUUGCGCCUCCGCCCGGUGCGCUCUGCUCGGCCCGCCGACCCGGCUCUGCGCUCGGCCGCCUGACAUGUGUGCCGCCCGGAUGCCGCCCCUGGCGCAUAUCUUCCGAGGGACUUUCGUCCACUCCACUUGGACCUGCCCUAUGGAGGUGCUGCGGGAUCACCUCCUCGGCGUGAGCGACAGCGGCAAAAUAGUGUUUUUAGAAGAAGCAUCUCAACAAGAAAAGCUGGCCAAAGAAUGGUGCUUCAAGCCCUGUGAGAUAAGAGAACUGAGCCACAAUGAGUUCUUCAUGCCCGGGAUGGUUGACACACACAUCCAUGCUGCCCAGUAUUCCUUUGCCGGGAGUAAUGUAGACCUGCCACUUCUGGAGUGGCUGACCAAGUACACGUAUCCUACAGAACUCAGACUCCAGAACAUCGACUUUGCUGAAGAAGUGUUUACCAGAGUUGUUAGGAGAACGCUGAAGAAUGGAACAACCACUGCUUGUUACUUUUCAGCAAUUUACACGGACUCAUCUCUGCUCCUUGCAGAAAUUACAGAUAAAUUUGGGCAGCGAGCGUUUGUGGGCAAAGUCUGCAUGGAUAUGAAUGACACCUUUCCAGAAUACAUGGAAGGCACUGAGGAAUCAAUCAAGGAAACAGAGAGAUUCGUGUCAGAGAUGCUCCAAAGGAACUAUCCUAGAGUGAAGCCCAUAGUGACGCCACGUUUCUCCCUUUCCUGCUCUGAGAUGUUGAUGAGCGAACUUGGAAGCACCGCGAAGACUCACGAUUUGCACAUUCAGAGCCAUAUAAGUGAAAAUCCUGAUGAAGUUGAAGCUGUGAAAAACUUAUAUCCUAGUUAUAAAAACUAUACAGAUGUGUAUGAUAAAAAUGGUCUUCUGACAAAUAAGACAGUGAUGGCGCAUGGCUGCUACCUCUCUGCAGAAGAACUGGAUGUAUUCCGGGAGCGAGGAGCAUCGAUCUCACAUUGUCCCAACUCAAACUUAUCGCUCAGGAGCGGCUUUCUCAAUGUGCUAGAAGUGCUGAAACAUGAAGUGAAAAUAGGGCUGGGUACAGAUGUGGCUGGUGGUUAUUCAUAUUCCAUGCUUGAUGCAAUGAGAAAAGCAGUGAUGGUUUCCAAUAUCCUUUCAAUUAAUAAGAUAAAUGAGAAAAGCCUCACCAUCAAAGAGGUAUUCAGACUAGCUACUCUUGGAGGAAGCCAAGCCCUGGGGCUUGAUAGAGAGAUUGGAAACUUUGAAGUGGGCAAGGAAUUUGAUGCCCUCUUGAUCAACCCCAAAGCAUCUGAUUCUCCCAUUGACCUGUUUUGUGGGGAUUUUGGUGUUGAUACUUUUGACACUAUUAUCCAGAAGUUUCUCUACCUAGGAGAUGACCGAAAUAUUGAGGAGGUUUAUGUGGGCGGAAAGCAGGUGGUUCCCUUUUCCAGUUCAGUCUAAGACCCUCGGCGUCUGGAGUUCUCCUGGAUGACAUGGUUCUGCGCCUGCCUCGUGGUGCCCAGGCAGAGUUAGAAAGUUAAAAAAUAGUACCUUGUUCUUGGGAUGACUAUCUCUUUCUGUGUUUACUUACAGUACUCACUUGACAAAUCGAAGGAAGUUGCAUUGAUCCUCAAGUCUCUGAUCGGGCGGAUUCAAAAUCUCUCCCUUUGGAGCUGUUCAGAUUUACUUUAAGCUUAAACAUAAGAGAAUGCUAUCACUAGCGGUGUUAAUUAUGAGCUCUAAGUAAAAUCUAUUUUGUAUCUGGAAAUGUGGAGAGGAAAGAUAUUCUUAUAAGGUUAGAUAUUCUGAGCUAAUAAGUGUGAAGUUUGGGUACAGAAAAUCAACUAGUGAGCAUAUUUUUAUGAAGGAGAAAAAGACUAUGAACAAACAUUGGAAAAUCUUUUCAGAUUGCUUGAAAAUUAUAUACUGAGCUUACUAAUUUAAAAAGAGAACUCGUUGAAUUGUAAAACGUGUUUCUAGAUUGACUUUGUGUUCUGGAAAUUUGAACUUAAUGGAAUUUGCAUUUCAGAGA